UAGGUUUCAAUUUUCAACGUUUUGGUUGUGGACAUCUGGCUCGCAUCACAGCUCAGCACACGGAACCUGAACGCCGCCGCAACGGCGCCGGGUAAUAAUCGCGGGGAACUCCUGCCUCGAGUAGUUACAGCGGUGCUUCAGUUUUUGCAGCCAACCCCACCAUCACGACUCGCGUUUCCUUCCACCUCAACCGCGUACAACACCUAAAAAAACACCAAAAUGCCUCGUGAUCCACUAAUCGGCCUAGUCGGCAAGCCGUCCAGCGGCAAAUCAACAACCCUCAACUCGCUGACCGACGCCAGCUCAAAGGUUGGCAACUUUCCGUUCACCACGAUCGAUCCGCAACGCGCCGUCGGGUAUUUACAAAUCGACUGUGCAUGCGCGCGCUUCAAUAAGCAGGAGCACUGCAAGCCCAACUACGGCAGCUGCAAGAACGGCAAGCGGAGCGUUCCGAUCGAGCUGCUUGACGUUGCGGGACUGGUACCCGGCGCCCACGAGGGCCGUGGUCUGGGGAAUAAAUUCUUGGAUGAUCUUAGACAUGCGGAUGCGCUCGUGCAUGUCGUCGAUGUGAGUGGGACUACGGAUGCUGAGGGGAAGGCGACUCGCGGUUAUGACCCCAGCGAGGAUAUUGUCUGGUUGCGCGGCGAGAUUGUCAGAUGGGUGCUCGGCAAUCUCAUGGACAAGUGGGGUAGUAUUCGGAGGAGGCAUAUUGCGACGAAGUCGAAUGCGGUGGAUACGCUUCAAGGACAGUUCUCGGGAUACGGAGCCACGUCUACGAUUGUCGCGCGGUUCCUUGAUAAGAUGGGACUCAAGAGUGCUUUGGAGACAUGGGACAACGAUACGGUCGAGGCUGUGGUGAACGCCUUCAUCGACGAGAAGUUCCCCACCGUCAUUGCGCUCAACAAGAUCGACCACCCGGACGCAGACAAGAACAUUGCCAAGAUCGCAAAAAAGCAGGAUCCACAGUCCAUCGUGCUGUGCUCUGCAAUUACGGAGGUGUUCUUGCGGAAACUCGCCAAGCAAGGCUACGUGCGCUACGAGGAGGGCAGUGAGUUUGUGGAUACUAGAGAAGAUCUAAUUGCCGAUGGUGAUCCGGACGGUGGUGGGUUGAAGGAGCUGGACGAGAAGCUCAAGCAGAGGAUUGAGAAUAUGAAAGAUAUGGUGCUAUAUCGAUUCGGAUCCACGGGUGUCGUAGAGGUGCUGUCUAGGGCGGCGAAGCUGUUAGGUCUCGUUCCGGUGUUUCCGGUAAGGCAUAUUCACAGUUUCGGCUCUGGAGCAGCUGGUAAUACCACCGUGUUUCGGGAUUGUGUGUUGGUUGGAAAGAAUUCUACAGUGCGGGAUGCGGCACGGAAAAUCAUGGGAGAUGUACCGAUAGCAUAUAUAGAAGGUGCAGGAGGUGUACGAGUGGCAGAAGACGAGAUUGUCGAGGUGGGGAAGAACGACAUAUUAUCAUUUAAGGUUGGUCGAGCAUAAUACGACAGCAGAAGAAUCAUGAAAAUUGUAGUUAUUAUUCUAGCUGAAAUGCAACGCAUAGACAAGAACAAGUGCACAAGAGCGAUGUGUAUCUCAUGUUCUCCGUUGUCUUUCAUCUAUCCCAUCUCCAUGCUCCUAAUUCGAAUCUGCAGCCCAA